GCCCGGGUGCGCAUUGUUUGUGUGAUGACCGAUCCUCGCAUCCCUCCCUCCGCUGCCGGCUGACACGGACCGCGCGGCGCGCGCCCGGAGGAGGCGGAGGAGAGGAGCCGCUGCCGCCGUGCAGCCAGUGACCUUGGCCCGGGGAGUGGCAAAUUGCUCAGCGCAACAUUUGUCAGCGGAUCGUAGCACUGGGACAUGGCGCAAGGAAAUAAUUAUGGGCAAAGCAGCAACGGGGUGGCUGAUGAAUCCCCAAACAUGCUGGUAUACAGAAAGAUGGAAGACGUCAUAGCACGCAUGCAGGAUGAGAAAAAUGGGAUUCCUAUUCGUACAGUCAAAAGUUUUCUUUCCAAGAUUCCCAGUGUCUUUUCUGGUUCAGACAUUGUUCAGUGGUUAACGAAGAAUUUAGCUAUAGAAGACCCAGUGGAAGCUCUACAUUUGGGGACGUUAAUGGCAGCCCAUGGCUAUUUCUUUCCAAUCUCAGACCAUGUUCUAACACUAAAGGAUGAUGGCACCUUUUACCGGUUCCAAACACCCUAUUUUUGGCCAUCAAAUUGUUGGGAGCCGGAAAAUACAGACUAUGCGGUUUACCUCUGCAAGCGAACAAUGCAAAACAAAGCACGGCUUGAGCUAGCAGACUAUGAAGCAGAGAGUUUGGCCAGGCUACAGAGAGCAUUUGCCCGGAAGUGGGAGUUUAUUUUUAUGCAAGCUGAAGCACAAGCAAAAGUGGACAAGAAAAGAGACAAGAUAGAAAGGAAAAUCCUUGAUAGCCAGGAGCGAGCAUUUUGGGAUGUACACAGACCGGUGCCUGGAUGUGUAAACACUACUGAAGUGGAUAUAAAAAAGUCUUCAAGAAUGAAAAAUCCUCACAAAACAAGAAAGUCUGUCUAUGGAUUACAAAAUGACAUUCGAAGUCAUAGUCCUACCCACACACCAGUACCAGAAACUAAGCCACCCACAGAAGACGAAUUACACCAAGAGAUAAAAUAUUGGCAAAUACAGUUAGAUAGACAUCGAUUAAAAAUGUCAAAAGUUGCAGAGAGUCUGUUAGCUUACACAGAGCAGUAUGUGGAAUAUGAUCCAUUUCUUGUGCCGCCUGACCCCUCUAACCCUUGGCUAUCAGAUGACACUACAUUCUGGGAACUAGAGGUCUGCAAAGAGCCAGGGCAACAGAGGGUAAAGCGAUGGGGCUUUGGCAUGGAUGAAGCAUUGAAGGACACAGUGGGGAGAGAGCAGUUUCUCAAGUUCCUGGAGUCGGAGUUCAGCUCAGAAAACUUAAGGUUCUGGUUAGCAGUUGAAGAUUUGAAGAAGAGACCUAAUCGUGAAGUACCUGUUCGAGUCCAGGAAAUCUGGCAGGAGUUUCUUGCUCCAGGAGCUCCCAGUGCCAUCAAUCUUGAUUCAAAAAGUUAUGACAAAACCACACAGAAUGUGAAGGACCCAGGAAGAUACACAUUUCAAAAUGCUCAGGAGCACAUUUACAAAUUGAUGAAAAGUGAUUCCUAUCCUCGUUUUAUACGAUCCAGUGCCUACCAGGAGCUGCUACAGGCCAAGAAAAAGUUGGAAAACACACUGGAUCGUCGAACAUCUUUUGAGAAAUUCACACGCAAUGUGGCAUUACAGACUCCGAGGGACUCUCUAACCUUUCGAUGCCUCCAUUUUGAAAAUUGUCUGCUCACUUCCUCCUUCAUAUCAAGCUGGAUCUGUGUCAUUUUAUUUUCUGCAAGCUCAAGUACAGUGAAAAAAAAAGCUUCUGCUAGACACAGUUUAUUAAAAAAAUACUGUCCGUUCACAAACUGGAAGAAAUGUAAAAAAAUAUGCAUAUACUAAUAAAUAUACAUAUGGCAUCACAUUUAUUGCACAAUAAAUUAGCACAGCAGGUUCCAUUUCACUGACGUAUUCACACUGAGAAAGAAAGCCUGUGUCUUUGUCUGUUGUCUGUAUAUUCUUUGUUAAUGUUUCUUGCAUUUAUUUUUAUACCAUAUUUUAAAAAGUACACCUUUUAAUCCAAAUGUAUUAAAGUUGAUCCU